AUGUCCCGUCGAGUCGGGCGUGUUUCAGUCGUGGCUUUUCUGGCAGCGAUACAUCUCCGGCGCUGUUGGAUUGGCUGGCCACCUGGUUCGCACCGGAGUCCUGUGACAUAUCGACCUGAGCCCACAAUGCGUUCUGGAAUGAAAACUGCAGAGACAAGCCAGAACGCGGAAGAAUUGGGCAAGCGAGCGCAAUGGAAUGUGGGCGUGAUCGGGGCCGGUGUUGCUGGUUUGGUCUGUGCACGUGAGCUCCGGCGCGCUGGGCUUGGCGUCGAGGUUUUUGAAGCAUCUGAUGGAGUCGGUGGGCGAGUUCGCACCGAUGUGGUGCCUCUGCCAGGUGCAACAAGUUCGACAAUGGAGUCGGCAAAGCGACCGUUUCUACUCGACAGGGGCUUUCAGAUCUUGAUCGAGGCCUACCCGGAAGUACGAAGGCAGUUGGACUUGAAGAGCCUGGGGUUGCGAGGCUUUGUCCCAGGUGCGGUGUUGGCAUUCGGCGGUGGAGACUUGCGGAUUGUCGCAGACCCUACCAGGAGCCCGAAGUACUUGUUCAGAACCUUGUCGGCCGGCAUCGCCAACUUCCGCGACUUGUUUUCUUUAGGCAUCCUGCGUCUCAAGCAGGUGUUUCUCGAGAGGCCCUAUGCAGCGCUGGAGCGCAGCUCCGCUGGGGCGAGAAGUACAGAGGACUUCCUCAGAGACUCCCUGUGUCUGUCGUCGAAUCUGGUCGAGCGCUUCUUGCGCCCGUUCUUUGAGGCAAUCUACGUGACGCCGCUGCGAGAGCAGUCAUCGGCUUGCUUCGAGUUUGUGCUUCGCAUGCUCGCGGAUGGUGGGACUUCGUUGCCCUCCACGGGAAUGCAAGCUAUCCCGGCACAGCUUGCCGAAGGACUGAUGAUACAUUUGCAGUCACCGGUAGCUGAAAUACGCCCGAACGGACUUCGGGUGGAGUCUGGAGAGUGGAAGGACUUUGAUGCAGUCGUUGUUGCUGCUGAUUGGCCUUCAGCCGGAAAGCUUGCGUCGGAAAUCUCUGUUGCACAUGGGACGCAGAGCAGCACUUGGUAUUUUGCGCUUCCGUCCCCUCCUCCCAUCAAGGAUCCGAUAAUCAUCUUGAACAGCACUCUCCAGCGAGAGAGCGACUCGCAGCGCUCGCGCAUCGUGAAUGUCGGUUUUCCUUCAGUUGUGCAGGAUACCUAUGCCCCAGAUGGCUGGGAUCUUGCUGCUGUGACCAUCCGUGGAAGUUGUGACGUUGAGGAGAGCUGGGUCCGAGAGGAGCUCGCGGCACUCUUCGGCCUCGGCUCGCUCGACACGUGGCAGUUGCUGCGAGUCUACAACUUGGGCUUUCAUCAGCCGCAGCAGACGCGAAGACUCUGGCCACCUCGGGAGCCUUUCCUCGGCAAGAGCGGUGUGUAUCUCUGUGGGGACCACUGCGCGGAGCCGACGUUGGACUCAGCCAUGCGAUCCGGCAGACGGGCUGCCGAAGCCAUCCUGCAGGCUUCGGGCCAAGCCGAGAAUCGCUGUGCCUAG